AUGGCUUUACCACAGAAAUCACUUCUUUCUAUUCUCAAUCCAGUAAACCUUCAUGGGACUGUUAUGACAGAUAACUUUGUUAAAAUGAUUUAUUUCAUAAAACAAAUGAAAAAGAAGAGCAUGGUAAAAAAUUAUAAUGGGAUACCGGGACGACAUAGAUCCCCUGAGAAAAGAGAAUUAUCAAUUGUGUACCACAACACAAAUAGUUAUAAUUUGUAA